AUGUCGACACUUGAAGAUCUUGAUGAUAUGGAGCAGGAGGGCAAGAAGGAUGACCAAGGCGACAAGGACAAGAAGCCGCAGCAGAACGGCGCUGAUGGCGAUGCCGAGAUGAAGGAUGCCGAGAAGAAAGAGGAAGAGAAGGAGGAAGACAUGAUCGACUUCGAAAUCCUGAACUCAAGCACACGCGACAUCGUAGCGCGGAGACGAUUACUAGAGAACGACAUGCGGAUCAUGAAGAGCGAGUUCCAGCGAUUAACGCAUGAGAAGCAAGCGAUGCAUGAAAAGAUCAAGGACAACAUUGACAAGAUCGACAAUAAUCGACAACUGCCGUAUCUCGUAGGUAAUGUCGUGGAGAUCCUCGACCUGGACGUCACCGCCGAGGCUGCGGAAGAAGGCGCGAACAUCGAUCUCGAUGCUACCCGAGUGGGCAAGUCGGCCGUGAUCAAGACCUCAACCCGUCAGACCAUCUUCCUACCGUUGAUCGGUCUCGUGGAUCAUGAGAAGCUCAAGCCGGGCGACCUGAUAGGUGUGAAUAAGGAUUCCUACCUCAUUCUGGAUACGCUGCCCGCAGAAUACGACAAUCGCGUGAAGGCGAUGGAAGUCGAUGAGAAGCCGACAGAGAAGUACACGGAUGUAGGUGGGCUGGACAAGCAGAUUGAGGAGUUGGUAGAGGCGGUUGUGUGGCCCAUGAAGGAGGCGGAGAGGUUCAAGAAGAUUGGCAUCAAGGCACCGAAAGGUGCGUUGAUGUACGGUCCACCAGGCACAGGCAAGACUCUGCUCGCUCGAGCAUGUGCAGCGCAGACUGAAGCCACCUUCCUCAAGCUCGCCGGACCGCAACUGGUACAGAUGUUCAUCGGAGACGGAGCCAAACUCGUACGAGACGCUUUCGCUCUGGCAAAGGAGAAGGCACCUGCGAUCAUCUUCAUCGACGAGCUGGACGCAGUAGGCACCAAGCGAUUCGACAGCGACAAGAGCGGAGAUCGCGAAGUGCAACGCACCAUGCUCGAGCUACUCAACCAGCUCGACGGCUUUGCAUCAGACGAACGGAUCAAAGUCCUGGCCGCCACGAACCGUGUCGACGUAUUAGAUCCGGCUUUACUCCGAUCAGGACGUCUAGAUCGCAAAAUCGAGUUCCCGCUGCCCAAUGAGGAAGCCCGCGCGCAGAUUCUACGCAUACACUCUCGGAAGAUGACUGUGGAUGAGGGUGUUAACUGGGCUGAAUUGGCGAGGAGUACGGACGAAUUUGGUGGCGCGCAGCUGAAGGCUGUCUGUGUGGAGGCGGGCAUGAUUGCGCUUAGGUCCGGCCACAACAAGAUCAGUCAUGAGCAUUACGUUGAUGCAAUCGCUGAAGUGCAGGCUAAGAAGAAGGACACGGUCAACUUCUAUGCUUAG